UGGUGCUGCCCCCUGCUAUUUUCUAUGUAAAAUCGAUCCCUGCGGUUUCUAUCCGGGUUAGUUUCUGUGUCCCUAGCUGUUUAAUGUAUGUGUAUUUUACAGAGAUAAAACCCUGGACUGGUGUUUGUUGUUUACAUAAAAAGCUUCAUGUUUCAUUUGGUGGAUACCUCAGGUAGCCUUCAAAAUAGAUGCCUCACAGUAUGCAGCCUCUAACCUGCUGACUGAGCCACACUGUCUGGACAAGACUGGACACAAGCUCCCACUGUGCCUGCCCAGUGCCAAAAUCAGCAACCUGCAGAGGUCCCGCCAUCACUCAGUGGGGCAGGAUUCCGUUGCCAUGGAUACAGAAUCCACCUACUCCGAAUAUUCCCACUACUCCAGCCGCUCCAGGGGCUCUCAUCGGCAUGGUGAGAGGAGUCGGGACCGGCACAAAUCUCGCAGUAAAGAUGGCAGCCGCUCUGAGAAAUCUGUGACCAUCAAUGCGCCACCUGCUGAGCCACUUCUAGGUGACGAGUCCACCCAUGGAGAAGAAGUUCAGGAUGACAACUGGGGUGAGACCACGACAGCAGUCACAGGGACGUCCGAGCACAGCAUCUCCCAGGAGGACAUUGCGCGGAUCAGCAAAGACAUGGAGGACAGCGUGGGACUGGACUGCAAACGCUACCUGGGGCUGACCGUGGCAGCAGUUCUGGGGCUACUCGUGUUUCUGACGCCCAUCGCCUUCCUAAUCCUGCCGCAGGUGCUGUGGAGGGACAAGCUGGAGCCCUGCGGCACAGCCUGUGAGGGCCUCUUCAUCUCGGUGGCCUUCAAGCUACUCAUUCUGCUGCUGGGCACCUGGGCACUCUUCUUCCGUCCGCCCCGGGCUGGUAUGCCCCGUGUCUUCGUCUUCAGAGUCCUGCUCAUGGUGCUCAUCUUCCUGUUUGUUGUCUCUUACUGGUUGUUCUAUGGCGUGCGCAUCCUGGAAACAAAAGACAGCAACUACCAGGGUAUCGUGCAGUAUGCCGUCUCACUGGUGGACGCUUUGCUCUUUAUCCACUACUUGGCCAUUGUGCUGCUGGAGAUGCGUCAGCUGCAGCCCAUGUUCUCGGUCAAAGCCACCCGCUCCACUGAUGGGGAGACGUACUUCUAUAGCCUGGGUCACCUGAGCAUUCAGCGAGCUGCUGUGGUAAUUUUGGAGAAUUAUUACAAAGAUUUCUCUGUGCACAAUCCUGCAUUGUUGACAGCCUCCAAAUCGCGAGCAGCCAAGCACAUGGCAGGACUGAAGGUGUAUAAUGUGGAUGGUCCAGAGAACAAUGCUGCAGGGCAGUCCCGAGCCAUGAUCACAGCUGCUGCCAGGCGGAGAGACACCAGUCACAAUGAUCUGUACUAUGAAGAGGCAGACCAUGACCGACGAGUAAAGAAGCGCAAAUCAAGGCUGGUGGUGGCAGUGGAGGAGGCAUUCACCCACAUCAAGCGCAUGCAGGAGGAGGAGCAGAAGAAGGCCCCAGGGGAGGUGAUGGAUCCCCGUGAAGCAGCACAGGCCAUAUUCCCUUCCAUGGCCAGGGCGUUGCAGAAAUACCUCCGCACCACUAGGCAGCACCACUGCCAUACAAUGGAGAGCAUCCAGCAGCACCUGGCUUUCUGCAUCACAAACAAUAUGACACCAAAGGCCUUCCUAGAGAGUUAUCUGAACCCCGGACCCACACUGCAGUACAGUCAAGACCGCUGGUUUGCCCGUCAGUGGACUCUCGUCAGCGAGAAAGCUGUUACAAAUGGCCUACACGAUGGGGUGGUCUUUGUCCUCAAGUGCACAGACUUUAGCCUUGUUGUGACUGUUAAGAAAAUUCCCUUCAUCAAACUCUCUGAGGAAUUCAUCGACCCCAAGUCACACAAGUUUGUGCUCCGGUUACAAUCUGAAACAUCCGUCUAGGGUCUUGUUUCAGAAUUCUUUUUUUUUUUUUUUUUGGUUUGUUUUUUGGUUUUAUUUUUUAGAAUUUUUUUUUUUUUUUCAUAAAAAUCAAAAUAAGAAAAAAUGAUAUGUAUAUAUAUAAAAAAGCAGAUGACAAACUUGUUGUACUGACCAUCUGCAUUUUCUUUGAACAAAGAAGUCUAACCAUGUGUAAAAUCAAUUUAUUUGGACUCCAAUAAACUUGGGGGAACCAGCUUUUAAUUGUUCAUAGGUAGUAGUAAAUGACACUGGUAUGAGCAAUAAGGCUCAUCACAAAGGACCACUACAGAAGUAACCACCCUCCCCACAACAUUGCAGUAACCUUGGGAGUGUGUCAGCAAUGGAAGUGCAGCGUCCUUGACACAUGUUUUUAGGAUUUUUGUUUUUUGUUGACUUUAUAAUAUAGAAUUGGCCUGCAACUCGUUACCUGCUUUGGAGACAGUUUUUUUUAGUAUUAUUUUAACUCAUACAUACAUUUUAAGUGAAUCACUUAUAUGGAAACUGAAAGAUGUGUUGUGUUUUUAUAGCUGUUUUAAUAGCAUAAUGCACAGCGGUCUCUUUUUAACAUCAAUU